AUGGAUCAGGAGGAGAGAAGUUUGUGGAGCCCAAUUGCACAUGGGCUAGGGUUUCAUUGGAGGUAUACGCGAGAGCGUGCGUCUAGCGUGGAAGCAAUGGAGGGAACUCUUGAAGUUGCUCCAAGAUGGGAGGUUCCACCAUGUUCAGCAGCGGCGGCUGGUGCGGUGGUAUCAGCUGCGAGUCCGGUGGGUGGCACGGUGGUGAGAGGUGGUGGUGCCACCAUGUCGAUCGCGGGAUCGUGGGUGGAGUGGCUUUGGGCCGUCUCAGAUUUAGCCAUCGCAGCUAUUUUGCCUCUCGUCUUCUUGCUUCCAACCACGGUUGUUUGGAAGGCUUCGAUGGAUUGGAAAAUAGGAGGAACAGAUUCCUUGAGCACGUGUUGA